CCACCAUCACCACCACCACACACGAACGUUCAAAAGGAGGUGACCGCGGGGGAGGUACGGCCUGCUCCCAGUGCCAAGAGGUAUCCGGUGUGUCGCAUCCUCGUCGCAAUCGCUUCGUGUGAAGAACGUGCGCGCAGGUGUUUCGGAAUAGUGUACCGCACCAUCGUUACCACGUGUCCAUCGGGACGAUACGAUUCGCCACGGGUCAAAGAACGACGACGCGACAUAAAGAGUGGAAGCUUGACCACGUAUUGGCCGUCGUGUACUUAUUUGAAGGUGCGCUGCCGGUCUGAUCGCAACCAUGCACUACUCACUGAUGCUUCAGACGUUUAUCGUUAUCGUGCAUAUCGUGCCUGAGGUCCUUCUCCAUCGGCCGAAUGUCAGGGGCAUAUAUACCAUGGAGAAGCACGUCCAGGAGCACGAGAUAGUGAUACCUCGAAAAGUGACCUACCGAGGGGAGCUUAUCUCGCACAACGUGACCCACCACCAUCACGAGGACGGGCCAGUGGUACACUAUCGAUUGUCCGUGGCCGGUAACGAGUACCACAUCGAACUGACGGCCGUGGACAACUUCAUCGGACCAGGGAUGGUCGUUGAAAGACGGAAACGAGACGUACAUGUGCGCAGCCGGUCAAAAAAUCGCUCGAGCAAGUGCCAUUAUCGGGGUUUCAUUCAGGGACAUCCGAAUUCCCAGGUUGCCUUAUCCGCCUGUGACGGUCUGGCGGGCAUGCUGCGUGGCGAUGACGGCGAGUUCUGGUUGGAACCAGUCGCCGUGUCCCCGGAAGAAGAACAAGUUCGGCUGGAGGUUCGGCUGGAAGACGCCGGCGCCGAGAGCCGUACCACGGCCGGACUCUACCGGAACUCGGUGCUCGGCAGGCCGCAUCUCGUGUUUCGUAGGUCCGUGGAGCAGCCGCAGCUCGAAAUCGGCGCCGCCGGCCGCACCAGACGCCGACGAAAAAAGAAGAGAAAACUCGAGAGAAACUGUGGCACUCGCGAGCCGAGGCGGCUGACGGAAACACGGCUCGAAUGGCAAACGCAAUCGGGACUGGUACAGGUUCAAGGACGAGGCCGAAGAAAACAUCAUCAGACGAAACGAUGGCAACGUGCCAAGAGAUCGAUCAGCCGACCGCGUCACGUCGAGGCUCUCGUUGUCGCUGACACGACGAUGAUGGCUUUUCAUCAGGACGGCGACGUUGAGACGUAUCUGCUGACCAUCAUGAACAUGGUGUCCUCCCUCUACCUCGAUCCUACCAUAGGGAAUUUCAUUAACGUCGUCGUGGUCAGGAUUAUCCUCGUCGAGGAGGACGACGCGGAAGUACGUGCGAAUUACGCCGGUGAUCAAGGACUGGACAUCACGGUGAACGCGGACAGGACGCUGUACAAUUUCUGCAAAUGGCAACAGAAACUGAAUCCGGUGGACGACUCGCAUCCGAAUCACCACGACGUGGCGAUUCUGGUGACGAGGGAGGACAUCUGCUCGAGAGCGAACACGCCGUGUAGUACUCUGGGAGUGGCUCACGUAGCCGGCAUGUGCCAACCGGACCGCAGCUGCAGCGUCAACGAAGACAAUGGAAUCACGCUCGCGCACACCAUCACCCACGAAUUGGGACACAACUUUGGCAUGUACCACGAUACGGAAAAAAUCGGCUGCAGCAAACGAGACGGUGACACCCUGCACGUGAUGACGCCGACCUUCGAAGUGGACACCAUUGGCGUCGCCUGGUCCAGAUGUUCUAGAAGGGACAUUACCAAUUUUUUGGAUCAAGGGAAAGGCGAAUGCUUGGAAGACGAACCGGCGGACAACGAUUACUCGUAUCCAGAGUUACCGCCUGGCGCGAUGUAUAACGCGGAGCACCAAUGCAGGCUUCAGUUCGGCGUCAGGGAAGCUUCCGUUUGCUCGCCCUUGCAGGAGAUCUGUUCUAAAUUAUGGUGCAUCGUCGAUGGCACUUGCACCACCAUGCUUCAUCCGGCCGCCCCGGGGACACACUGUGGCAAACACAUGUGGUGUCAGAACCAGGAAUGCGUGCCAAUUGUGGACAAACCGCGUCAAAUCGACGGCGGAUGGGGCGAGUGGGGCUCUUGGAGCGAGUGUUCGAGAACCUGUGGUGCGGGCGUUUCGAUCGUCGAGCGGAAAUGCGACCAUCCGGAACCAGCGCACGGUGGUAAAUUCUGCAUCGGGGAAAGACGUCGAUAUAAAAUCUGUAACACCGAUCCGUGCCCGGAAGAGACGGCCAGUUUCAGAGCAGUUCAGUGCAGCCAUUACGACGGCAAAGAAUACAAAGGGAAGAAUUACACUUGGCUGCCGUAUUUCGAUCAGACGGAACCCUGCGAGCUAUAUUGCACCGACACAGAGGAAAGCGUGAUCGUUCCAUGGGGUGAAGCCGCUCUCGAUGGCACACCCUGUAACGUCGGUACCAGAGACAUGUGCAUUGCUGGAAUCUGUCGAAAAGUUGGCUGUGAUUGGACGGUCGAUUCAGAUGCCACGGAAGAUCGUUGUGGAAUCUGCCAUGGCGAUGGAACUCAAUGCGAAACGACAGGCGGAAUUUACGACAAAAACGACGGUCCAGGAUACAAGGAAGUGGUCGUUGUCCCCAAUGGAUCGAGAAAUAUAAAAAUCGAAGAAAUUGGAAACAGCAAAAAUUACAUUGGAAUAGGUGUGCCAAAUUCCGACAAAUAUUUCCUUAAUGGAAAACGGCAGAUCACUUUAGCAGGGGAAUACCAAGUGGCCGGAACUCCAGCUCUGUACGAGCGCGAUCGCGACAGAGAAAAGGUCAGAAUUCCUGGCCCGAUCAAAGAGGACAUCGCAGUCUAUUUGAUUUCCAGAGGACAUUAUCGGAAUUUCGGGCUGCGAUACGAGUACACAGUGCCGAAAAAGGAGCCUGAUCGGGCACCGGAAUACUCGUGGGUAUUUUCCGACUGGUCGCUGUGCACGGCCACUUGCGGCGGUGGCACGCAAACCUCCAAAGCACUCUGCAACGAGAAGAAGAGCGGGGUCGUCGAGGACCACUUUUGCGAGGGCAUCGAAAAGCCGGAAUCGAUUUUGCGAGAAUGCAAUCUGAAUCCAUGCCCAGCCAGAUGGUGGAUCGGUCCAUGGCAAAUGUGCCCGGUAUCGUGCGGAGAGGGUGCUCUUCGAAAACGAUCGGUGAUGUGUGUCUCUUCGGGAGUGGGCCCCGAUAGAUCGGAUUUGGCUCUGCCCGAUCGAGACUGUAACCGGGACGUGAGACCCGAAGAGGUCAGCCCGUGUCUAAACUUACCCCCUUGCAGCUCCACCGAACCACCAUUGAUCGUCUACGCGGACAACAAGGAUGCCUCUUUCUACAACGUGAGCUCCAACGAUCAAAAUGGAAUCACGAUCGUCGAUAGUCUUACUACCGAGGAGCCAGAGAUCCUCGAAUUCGACAAUGUGGUCGAUGAAAAUCCAGAUAAUUCCAUGUAUAAUACCAAGUCGAAGUGGAUCGUCUCGAAAUGGAGUCAUUGUACGAAUGGUAAGAGAACUAGGAAGGUGACCUGCUCGAUGCAAGGAGACUGUAAUCCAGAAAACAAGCCGGCCACCAUCGAACUUUGCCAAGGUGGGAGAUGGAUCACCGGAAAAUGGGAGUCCUGCAACGCGAGCUGCCUCGUGAGAGUCGGCGUUAAGCGAAGGGAAGUCGAGUGUCGUGAUCGUAUAACAGAAUUACUGUCCGACGAUUGCAACCCCGAGAGAAAGCCGAUCGAUACGAGGCGUUGUUAUCAUAGGCGGCAAUGCGCGAACGAUAAAUCUGAGUGCAAGGAUACUAUUGUCCCAGCCUCAAUGUGCGCGUCAUAUAGGCGCAUGUGCGAUGUGUCAUUGAUCGUGCAGGAUAAAUGCUGUGCCACGUGUUUCAAAAAACGAAGACACAGUCGUCGCGACAGAAGACACAUUCCCGAUCAUUGACGAGUCGAAAAUCCAGCAGCCGAAUCGAUCAACUUUCGCUUUUGAACAACGCUUCUAGAUCCAGCCUAAAACAGGAUCCGUCCUAUGUCUGUACUUGCUUCGAAGAUUGUCGGAAAACCGCGUAAUAUAUUCCUAAUACGGCCGAGUUAAACAUCGAAUUUCGAUGCAAUACAGUCAAGUAACAAUAAAAAAAGUGACGAAAAUUCAAAGUGUACCUAACAUUCCGAUAUAAAUGACAUUAUAAUGAAGUAUAAAUUUUAGACACUGUCAUAAAGUUUCCGAAUAAACAAAUUAACAACAUCGUACGUAAAUUUAAGGUGAAUAUUCGUAACUUUGUAGCUCUAACGAUACAACGGUGCAAAUACAUAUAAAAGUUAAUGAGAUUUCCAAGAUGUACAAAUAUACGCAAAAUGUGAAAAUAUAUCGAAUUUCUGUAUAUAUAUACAAAAUAUGUAUAAACACUCGAUAUAUUUUUGAAUUAAAUGUAACGUUACGAAUUUUAAGGUACGUGUCCACUUGAGUGUACAACUAUCGCGAGUUGCUCUUUACAGUAUUUCCCACAACUGGACAUUGCUGAGUGACUAUCUGAUCUGAUGAUUCUAUGUAAUAAAUCAAUAACAUAAAUUUGUACUAAAAUAAACAAACUGCUAUAUUCUUUAUUUGAUUAUAAUAUCGUUAGAUUAAAAUCCCUUUUCAAAUAAAAUAUAAGAAAGCCUUUUUCCGCUAAAAUGUAAAUUUUACAUAUCUUAUUAUUGUUUAUACAUAUAUUUUAUUAGCAAAAUGAUAUACUUGAUAUUUUUAUGGUACUAAACUUUUGUACAAUCAUAUACGUAUAUGUAAGACUGCGACUCUUCAACUGUUCGUGCAACUCAUUUACACAAAAAAAAAAAAAAAAAAAAAAAACGUAGAAUAAAAGACAAAUUUAAUUCUUGAACAACCAAUGAAUAAAACGAAAUAUUUUGAGAUAAGUGAUUCCUUAUAAUGAAUUAACCUCUUAAUAUAUAAAUAGAAUGAAACUCUAUACGUUCAUUGUGUACAUAGCAUACAAUAAACAAAUUACAUAUCCCAAACGUCGUUGGUAUGUCAAGGGUUUAAUCUUUAAUCUGCAAAUUUCUAAAAUGCAGAUAGAAAAUGUCUAAUAUCGAUUACAAACUACUUUAUCUAAUUUCAUAUUUAUUUCAAGUAUAUGAUACACAUUCUCCUACUUUUUGUAAUAGUUAUUUACUUUACAAAUUUGAGAAUACAGCUACAAAAGAUCGUCUAUCCCUUUUUUUGAGCGUUAUAUUUAUUUACAUUACACGAAAUGUACAGCGGAACCCCCAUUACUCCGAUCCAUAUAGCUAUACCAAAUGCCACUUUUUC